GGUUGCAUUUGUGGGGUGGCACACGAGGCAGCUAUUUGCAGCAUCAGUGAAGCCCAGCAUCAGCUGGCUUCGUAUCUCAAGUUGGUGUUUGUAAAGAAAUUAAGGGAAAAUCCGCCUGACAGUUUUCCUGAUGUGCGGUUCUCAAUUCCACUCGGGAUUUUAAGGUCUUUCGAUCAAAUCGGAAGGAGUGUUGCACCCACAUGGGCAGCGUUCUGGCUUUGUCUUCCAGUCCGGGCCAUCAGAACUGGCCUUUCUCCACAGACCCACCUCCUUCCCGCUGGGACGCACACCCUGCUCACUGGGAUAGUCCACCGCGCUGGGAGAGGAGGGAUGGCCGCCUUCCCAACCCAGGCAGCUUUCACUCGUUGCACAGGAGCUGCAAAGACGUGUUUCCUCAACAGAUUGAGGGCGUUAAGAUGAUACUGAAUAAAACCCUGAGCAGCUUCUUUAAGGUCAGCCAUACGCUCCACCUCAGCGCUGUAAGUCCGUCGUAUUAUCGAUUUCACGUAGAGCACUUGCAGAGUGACGACUAUAGCAAAGACAAGGAUGCUCCAGCGUUGAUCGGGGAGAUGGACUCCUCAGGUAGUCUGAACGCCCACGCUCUGCUGCAUCUCACUGAGCGCGUGCGAGCCAGAACAGUGUUUCAGACCCAGCAGUCCCAGUUUGUAACGUGGCAAUUUGAAACUGAGUACAGAGGCAAUGACUUCACCGCUGCUGUGACGGUGGCCAACCCAGACAUCCUCAGAGAGUCAGUUAUCCUGGUGGCGCAUUUCCUGCAGAGCGUUUCUUCUGGGCUGGUGUUAGGAGGAGAGCUGGUCUACCAUCGGGGACGAGCAGAAGAAGGAGGCAUCCUUACUCUGGCUGGACAGUACUCAAGACCAAACUGGGUGGCAACAUUGAAUGCUGGCAAAGGAGGUGCCCAUGCAAGCUAUUAUCACAGAGCCAACAAACAGAUACAAGUAGGGGUGGAGUUUGAAGCCAGUACCAGGACACAGGAGACCACAACAUCCUUUGGGUAUCAGAUGGAGCUCCCAGAGGCUAAUAUGGUCUUUCGAGGUAUGAUAAACAGCCGGUGCAUAAUAGGAGGUGUGUUGGAGAAGCGCCUGACUCCUCUCCCAGCCACACUGAUUAUGGGUGCCUUUGUAAAUCAUAAAGGCGAUAAACUGCAAGUGGGUCUAGGCAUCAACGUGGGUUAAUCAUCAGCUAACCCCCGCUGGAAUUACACUCCGCUGCCUGGAUAUCCGUCCAGAGGCACGUUUCAGAGGCUUCAUUAACAACGUGACCUUCCGAGACUUUUUCAGCCUCACCAAAACACUUCCUGUUUCUUUAAGUCACCUACCUCUCUAAGUGGAGGCGAUGUUUGUCUGACUGAGGGACAACAGGAGGAUUGCACUGAGAGGAGUGGAUGAGCACCUCCAGGGGCUCCACAUACAGUAUGUGGCUACACAAAUGUUCCAGUCUCCCUAAACCCAAACUGUGCAUCCACUCCUGGACACUGAACCAAAAGGAUAAAAGGCAUACAGUACUGUAAAGUUAAAAUAAAGAUUUUAUAUUAUGGGUAGUCCUAAACAAAUCUAAUGUAAGUACACUGUAUUAAAGAACAAUAGGCUUUUUUUUAAAUGUUUUUGCCCAUCAGCUACAUUUUUAAUAGACUAUUUCCACAAGAUGCUUACAAAAGAUGUGUUUGCCCAUCUAACAGGUAGUGAUUGGUUUACAUCAGCGCCAGUAUCAAUUAAAAACAAAGCUCAUCAACUCACCUGCCAAAACAUUAAAUUUUAGCUUGAAUGUACAAUCAUUUGGUGCUCUCUAACCACGACACAAACAGAGAAAGCAUAAAACUGAAAAACUUCCGCGCUUACUCAUAAAAAGACAGUCUGUGUGGGCUAAUCUGCACACAAGCAAACGCUUAGAGGAUCAUUCCAAAUGGCAGCAAAUGCUGAAUCUGAGUAUGAGUAAAUGGGUCGGCUCAUGUUAAAACGUCAGUAAGAACCUUAAAAAAUAUGCAUGAGUAGGUGAAUGUUUGUUUGAUUGGGUACAGAUCUUUUUUUUUUUGUGCCGGCAUAUUAUAGUGUGCAAUCCACACAGAGAAAGGUGCUGCUUCAUACUGUAUAUAGUAAUUUAAGGUUCUGAGGGUUGAGAAAGAGGCUAUGCACUAAGUCUGCUGAUUGAGGACUGCGCUGUAUGUAUACUGUAUAGAUGAAGGCAUUUGGUAACACUGACUGUAUGCAACCUGCACUACUCGUACUGCGUUUGAGCAUUUCCAGUCCUCUUCAACUGGGAAAUGUUGCAUAUAUAUGGUUUAUUCAUUGUAUAAUGUCAGCAUGGAGAGAAAUGGAAGGGAUGGCUAUCUUUUUGAACUUAAUUUAUUAAAGAUGUUAUUUCUGUCAUUG